GUAUCGGAAAUAAGAGCAGUAGAAGCUGUGCACCCGGAAACCUCAUCAUUAUACUGGGGAUCUAAUCAAUUAAAACGGCAACUAUCAGCAACACUUCAACCCCAACCAGCCAACAAAAAGGCCAGCCGACAGAUAAGCAUCGAUGAAUCACCCUGCAAAAUAGCUCUAUCGGUAGCUAAAAAACCAUCCUUUAACGCCUGCUCGUAAUUGGAG